UUCAUUCCACUGUGGCGACCCAAGAUUAAUAAAGGGACUAAGCUGAAAAGAAAAUGAAUGAAUGAAUAAAGCUUAAUAAGCAAACUUGCACUUUGGGUGUGACACACUGAAGGUUGGCCAUAACUUUUGGCUUUAAUUUGUUCCACCAGGCCACAAGCAUAGUUGAAGUUUGUUGCAACAGUGCUGUUUUGUGCAGAGACUGAUAAAUGUUCAGAGGUAAUAUAUUGGCUUCAGCCCGAGUCCAAUUUGAACUUCACCGUCAAAUUUCCAAUGUCUACAUCUGUGUACCAUGCGUUCUGUACUGAACCACUUGUCUGGUUUAGUUCCACUGAUCUGAUGAAUAAUGAGUCAACCAUGACAUUUCUAUUGUGUUUAGGCAUUGUGUCUUUUUGUUGAGACAUGCACCCUGAGGCAAAGUGGUUGGAUUUGCCACAGGCAUGAGAUGUUGCGCCAUAGGCCAGACACCAGAGACCGUUCGUGGAAGGCCAGACAAUGGAUAGGUUUAUAGAUGAUUUCCAUAAAAAUCUUCGUAAGGAAGUAUCUGUCCUGAAGGCCUCUUCCAUUGAGUAUUGUGAUUUCAUACUGUACUUCUGCCUCAUCACCUCUCGUGCUGGAACUGACAUUGAUGCUGCGAUCACGAAUCUUAAUCAUGUUUCAGCUGACAAACAAGUCAUCAUGGGAGUGCUUUUUCUCACAACUGACCCUGAGAAAACCAUACCAGACACCAACAGUGCUAGAAAUGAAGAGAACAUAUAUUAUGUCGACUUUCUGUUCAACGAGGAUGACGGGUUAAUGAAUUGUCAGAAGAAUAAAGAUGCAAUCAAGAAACUUGCGAGGUACAUGAAGUCCAAGAAUCUGACUUCAUAUUACUUGCAAAAUUAUGGAAAUUCACGCAUAAACUCAUACCAGGAUGGAGAAGAUAUUCCCUUAAACCCAGGAGAACUACAAAAUGCCGGUGGAGUUGUGAAUUAUUUCAAAAAACGUCCUGUUGCUUGUCUUUUUGUUGUUUUUGUCAUUUUAUUAAUUUUUGUUGUGAUAAUUGUAGUGUCAGUGAAAUACAGCUAUCUAAAUAAAUACAGAAAUGACACUGUAAAAACUAAUGACGCUUUCUGAAAAAAAGGCAGUUGUGGAUCCCAGAAGACCACAAUAAUAACAGCAAUGUUAAAACGUGUACAGUUUUAACUUUAAUUAACAACAAACCACCAUGAUUCACUAACUCAUAAUAACUUUUUGAAGCACUGAUAUAUAGUAGUCAUCAUUUAAAGUGGAUCAUCAUCUUUCAUGUCCUAUGUUGACAGCACGUAUUCUUGUCAUAGGACAUUUUGGAAAAAAUAUUUUUGAUUAGUUUGAAUGAUGACUACUGUACGAAAGUCACAUAAACCGAGGCUAAUUACAAAUAGUGUAGAAAAAAAAGCUGAUAAAGGAUAGGUGUCUAUACUAACCAUCAUGGUAAUAUACUAUGAUACUAAUAAUAUACUAACCAUCAUGGUAAUAUACCAACCAUUAUGGUAAAACACGCAAUAAAAAUGUAUUUUACUAUAUCACAUGUAGCUUAAAACACUUUAAUGAGAAAAACUAAAAAGAAAUUUGGCAAAUGCAACCAAUUUUUACUGCAGCAUUUUUCCAUUGUGAAUUUCAGUAGUAAUUGUCACUAAGCUUCAUAUACUACACCGCAUGAAGAGAAUUAAACUGUGAAUGUAAGUGUGUUUUUGAGAUAUAUUAAAAUAUAGCUUUAUUACAUCCCGGGAGUCAUGGUGAAUGAAUAUUAUAUUGAUUAUAGUUGUUAUCUUUAAAGUUAUUAUGAAUGAUGACAAUGCUAUUUGAGUAACGCUUGCUUUAUGCUAAUUGCUUUGCUUAGCCUUUUACAGUAAGUUUGUUUUAUACUGUGUAUGGGUAGAAGAAGAAAAGGAUUUUAAAUACCAUAGAUCUUGUCUGGCAAGAAUAAUUUAAUGAAGAGUAAUAAAAGAUUGCAUGUUUACAGUGGAUCAUUUAAAUGGUAAUAAUUGUCAUUUGAAAUCUUUUUGCUGCUCUCUUUAAAACCACAGUUUUACCCUUUUAUCAGUAAGACAAUUAUUAGCAUUUAAAAUAUUGUCUGAUUUAUAAUGAUCACUAAUUGUUUUAUGUUAACAACUGCAUGUCAUAAGUGUGUUGUAUCAAUUUUAAAUAAAUAUGUUAUGCUCAAUGCUAAGUGGAUGUUUAAUAUUCUUUAUGCAUUUAAAAUCACUCUUAUCAAUUAAAUUGACUUCAGAUAUCAAAAUGGAACAUCUUUAUACUGUUUGACUUUUGCAUAAGUCUUAGACUAUAAUGUGCUGUUUAACGUGGUUAGUUUUCAGUGGCUGGUGCUUUACAGAUAAAUCGGAAAGAAUUUGAGCAUCUGGCAUCAUUCAGCUUCCCAGAUGCAGUUAACUGCCCACAGUCUUCUUCACCUGAAACAUUAUUUGGCUCUCCUGGUUUCCAGUGACUAAAUAACAAACAAACAAAAUCACAUAUAAAAAAAGCACAGUGUUGUGCCAAACCACCAGUAUAAAAACAUAGCAAU